UAUCGUUUCUUAUAGUUCGUGCCUUGCAUUGUGACUUCAUUGUUCGAUGUUCUAUGAUCAUAUUAUACAUUUUUGGAUUAAUUCUCUAAACUUGUCUAUAAACCUCGCAUUUAAGAUAAUAUCUUCAUUCGUAAAUUGAUCGUAAUUAAUACUUAUUUACUUACUUAGAAGUUAAAACCAUUAUUAUUUAUUAUAAUCAUAAAUUAUAGUGAUAUUUAUAUUAUUCUUUUUAUUUUAUUAAUUCUAGUUAAUUUUUAUUUACCAAUAUUAUCAAUAUUUGUGCUCAUCAUUUAUUCUACGCUCAUAACCUCGGACUCACUCUUCUACGCCUCUAUGGUCGACUAUGUUUGUACGCAUGGUUCUUGUUCAUUAAUUCUUCUACGUUCAUUGUGUCCAACACUUUGUCUUGACGUCUUCCUUGGUUAGCGGUAAUGGAGUUUUCACUUAGCGAAAAGCCUGGGCCAUCGGCUAAUGUACAUACCACAGAAUGCAGCGCAAAGUUGAUUACAACUGAGAGCAAUGUUAGUGAAUGCAUGACAAGAAUUAAGACAUCGCGAGAGAGUGAAAUUUACUUGUACAAUUCUGAAUAUUUAAGGAAUAACUAUGAUAAAUAUAUCAGAGAUGAUUUCUUAUAUGCAUUUGGAGCAUUUUAUUGUGAUAAAGUAAUGAAGAUUCCUCAUUUAGACCACAUAUUGAAAACUGAAUGUUAUCAUCGUGAAACUGAAAUGAAAUAUAGACAUUAUGAGUUUGCAACGUACAUGGAAAAUAUAAUAACAUGGCUUGAUCUUAAAUUAAAAUACUACAAUGAAGAAUCAUCAAAAUCUAAUAAAAAAAUACAAGAACAGUUAUUCAACACAAGUUCUCAAGAACUAAAUGAUAAAUUAAGAUCUGUAGCAAAUUCUCAAAAUGAUAUAAUAACAUCGCCAGACAUAACUACUUCAAAAAAUGAAGAUUUUCCCGUAAAUAAUGCUCAAAAUAAAAUAAUAACAUCGCCAGAUGUAACUUUUCCAAAACAUGAUACUCUUGGAAAUUCAACUAAUGAUCACAAGAAAGGAAUUAAUGAGGUAAAUAAUGCUCAAAAUAAAAAAAUAACAUCACCUUAUGUAACUCCUCCAAAACAUGAUACUCUUGAAAAUUCAAUUAAUGAUCACAAGAAAAGAAUUGAUAAGGUAAAUAAUACUAAAAAAAAAAUAAUAACAUCUCCAGAUGUAACUUCUCUAAAACAAGUUACUCCUGGAAAUUCAACUAAUGAUCACAAGAAAGGAAUUGAUAUGGAAAAUAAAACUCAAAAUAAAAUAAUCACAUCGCCAGAUGCAACUUUUCUAAAACAUGAUGUUCCUGGUAGUUCAACCAAUGAAUUUGAGACAGAAAUUUCUAUGGAAAAUAAUUUAAGUAAAAUAAAAACUUAUUCAAAACGUAAUUCUACUAGAAGUACAACUAAUGAUCACAAGAAAGGAAUUGAUAUGGUAAUAAAUGCUCAAAAUAAAAAAAUAACAUCACCUUAUGUAACUUCUCCAAAACAUGAUACUCUUGAAAAUUCAAUUAAUGAUCACAAGAAAGGAAUUGAUAAGGUAAAUAAUACUAAAAAAAAAAUAAUAACAUCUCCAGAUGUAACUUCUCCAAAACAAGUUACUCCUGGAAAUUCAACUAAUGAUCACAAGAAAGGAAUUGAUAUGGUAAAUAAUACUAAAAAAAAAAUAAUAACAUCUCCAGAUGUAACUUCUCCAAAACAAGUUACUCCCGGAAAUUCAACUAAUGAUCACAAGAAAGGAAUUGAUAUGGAAAAUAAAACUCAAAAUAAAAUAAUUACACCGCCAGUUUCAAUUUUUCUAAAACAUGAUGUUCCUGGUAGUUCAACCAAUGAAUUUGAGACAGAAAUUUCUAUGGAAAAUAAUUUAAGUAAAAUAAAAACUUAUUCAAAACGUAAUUCUACUAGAAGUACAACUAAUGAUCACAAGAAAGGAAUUGAUAUGGAAAAUAAUGCUCAAAAUAAAAAAAUUACAUCGCCAGAUGCAACUUUUCUAAAACAUGAUGUUCCUGGUAGUUCAACCAAUGAAUUUGAGACAGAAAUUUCUAUGGAAAAUAAUUUAAGUAAAAUAAAAUCUUAUUCAAAACGUAAUUCUACUAGAAGUUCAACUAAUGAUCACAAGAAAGGAAUUGAUAAGUUGAAAACUACUAAAAAAAAAAUAAUAACAUCUCCAGAUGUAACUUCUCCAAAACAAGUUACUCCUGGAAAUUCAACUAAUGAUCACAAGAAAGGAAUUGAUAUGGAAAAUAAUGCUCAAAAUAAAAAAAUUACAUCGCCAGAUGCAACUUUUCUAAAACAUGAUGUUCCUGGUAGUUCAACCAAUGAAUUUGAGACAGAAAUUUCUAUGGAAAAUAAUCUAAGUAAAAUAAAUACUUAUUCAAAACGUAAUUCUAUUAGAAGUACAACUAAUGAUCUAAGAACAACUAAGAAAAGAAUUAAUAAGGUAAAUAUUGCUCAAAAUAAAAAAAUAACAUCACCAGAUGUAAAUUUUCCAAAAUGUGAUAUUCUUGGAAAUUCAACUAAUGAUCACAAGAAAGAAAUUGAUGAGAUCAAUUCAAAUUUGGUGAAUAUUUCGUCAGCUGUCAAUUCUAUAUCAACUGAGUCUCAAUUGAAAAAUCGAGAUAUUACUGGUGAUGUGAAAGAAAGCACAUCAGACAAUCUUAAAAUUAAUAUAAAUGACAAAGUUGUGAGUGAUGAUAACUUGUAUCCAGCUCAGACAAGUUCUAGUGUUAUUGAUGAAAAAAUAUCAAAUAUGUGUUUGGAAAUUUCUUCAAAAUCUAUUAGAAGUACGCGAUCCAAUAAGCAAGCUAAUAACAAAUUAGAUAAGACAUCAACAAAACUAUUAAAAAGAUCAAAUUCAGUAACAGAUUCUGAGCACAAAUCGAAAAAAAAGAAAAUAGAAAAACCUUCUUCUAGUAUUGCUGAAAGAAAAACUAAUACCAAUAAUAAUAAAAAUUCAGUCAAAGCUUUAAAUGAAUCUAUAAAACAAGCUAGUAAAAAUUUGUAUAGUCGAAAUAGUAAAGGAGAAACAAAAUUACAUUCAGCAUGUGCUAAGGGGAAAUUAGAUUUAGUAAUUUCAUUGCUUGAAGAUGGUUUCAAUCCUAAUGUUAAAGAUAAUGCUGGAUGGACACCCAUGCAUGAAGCCGUGAAAUCUGGGAACUUAGAUAUCGUGAAAGAAUUAAUCAAGUUUGGUGCAUAUUUAAAUGUUCCUGGUUUUGAAUAUGAAAGCCCAUUAUAUACAGCUAUUAAGUAUGGUAAAUUUGAAAUAUCAAAAACAAUUCUGAAUUAUGGAGCUGAUGCAAAUUUUAUAAAUAUGUAUGGAGAUAAUGCAAAGUGUCUUAAUAAAGAAAAGUUAUCCGAGUUAUUGGAAAAUUUAGUUCUGUGUAAAUCAACACAAAUUUGCCAUACUAACUAUAAAUUAGAUGAAACUGUCAUAGCCCUAAAUAAUGUUUCAUUAAAAAGUGAAACUGUGAACACAUUUUGUAAACAAUUCAAUAUUAAAUUAGUUCAAAAUAUUUGGAAAGAAAAGCAAUUUUCUCAAGUUACUCACAUAAUUGUACCAAAAACAAAAAAUAAUACUUGUGAUGUUAAUUUGGAAUGUUUAACUGGCAUAGCAAAUGGAUUAUUUAUAAUCAACGAAAAUUGGAUUUCUGAUUCAUUAGACAAAAAUAAACUUAUGAUGUCAGAAAAUUAUGAAGUCAGUGGAACAACAUUGUUUACUGAAUGUAAUGGCCCAAAGAUAUCACGAAUAAGCAAACAAAAACUGUAUCCAAAAUUAUUUGAUGGCAUAAACAUACAUGUAUGUGGAAGUAAUGGUUGGAAUCAGUUUACACUUGAAAAUUUAAAAAAGCUGGUUGUUGAAUUCGGAGCUAAACUGUUAAUACGUAUGCCAAAUCCAGAAGACUGCCCUACUAAUAUAAUACCAUAUCAUUGCCGUAAUAAUGAUGAAAUGUUUCAUGUUUCUAACAUUAUAUUAUAUACAAUGGAUUCAAAUAGGCUUAUAAAGUACAACAUGAAGCAUUUAAAAGCUUUUCAUAUUUCAUGGUUCAUGGAAGCUGUACAAAAGUAUAAUAUUAUAUAAAAUGGUUAUUUAUAUCCAAUUGUAUAAUAAUUUUGAUGUUUCCAUUGGUUAUUUCUAAUUGAAUACAAGUUUGUUAUGUAAAAACAAUUAAAUUAUAUACUUUGAAAUAAUAAACUGUCAAAGAAUGGAUUAUUAAAGUACAUAAAUUA